GGAAUUUUCUUCAUAAUUUCAUUGCUGAAUCUAGUCUCCUGUCAACUAGACCUGCCUCCCCUCGGGAAUGACCGUUUUAAUGACAAUUACAACAGGAAUCAACAGGAUUACAGCAGAAAUCGACAGGAUUAUGACAGAAAUCAACAGGAUUUCAACAGAAAUCAACAGGAUUAUGACAGAAAUCAACAGGAUUAUGACAGAAAUCAACAGGAUUACGACAGAAAUCAACAGGAUUUAAACAGAAAUCCCCAGGAUUUUGACAGGAAUCGACAGGAUUAUAACAGGAAUCAAGGGGAUUUCAGUAGAAGACCAAUCGAGCCUGAUUACCGACAAAUUCUAGCCAAACUAGAUUUUCAGGGAACUGAGAGAUGCAGUGCUAAUGUUGCUGCCCAAUGGGCCUAUGAGACUAAUGUUAAUGAGUACACGCAACUGCAAGCGGUGAGUUAA